UUGAAAUUUACACGAUAAAUUACUUAAAUACCUUUUAUGCCAUUAACUAUUAAACUAUAAUCUUAAAAAGCCUUUCUUUACCACCACCCCCACAGGCUGAUAGAAGAAUGGAGCGUACAGCACGACGCAUCACUGAGCUGGAAAUGGGACAAAACAAUGCUAAAGUUUUAAGUGAUAUGCUGUUUAAUUACAAGUCAAAGGAAACGUCUCCGGGAGAGAGAGAACUCAUGAAGGAUCUGUUUGACUGCUGUGAAAGGCUACGUCCCAAACUUUUCAGGUUAGCUGGUGAAAUGGAUGAAAAGGAUGAAGGUUUAGGUGAUAUUUUAAAGGCUAGUGAUAAUCUUACAACAGUGAUAAACACAUACAAGAAGCUUAUCCUUGGACAAGAUGUUGGACCUGUGGAAUUUUUAGCAGACAGAAAUCAUAAAAGUUUGAAAGAGCCCCCCUGUUGGCUCAAUGGUGAAACUUCACUCUUGGACCUCGCAUCUCCUACAGAGAAAUGUGGUUCUCAGCGUGUGGAUUCAAGUCUUUUAGAUGAUCAGCUGUUAGCUUUAGGCUUGAGCGACUCAAAACAGAGUACGUCACCACGGCGAUCACCAUCUUCCGCCAUGAAUGGUGUGAAAACUUCUAGUGACCUUGAUGAUCUUGAUCAGAUAUUUUCUGUUGGAAACAGUAAAACAGAAAUUUCAAAUUCAGGUUUUGGAAUCCUUAUUUCUCAAGUAAAUGGUGCAGGUGUUGGAAGCAGCGGUUCCAUUCCAGUCAGCAGCACAGUGGGUGUUUCUUAUAGUGCUCCGGUUUCUGCCACGCCACCAUUUCAUGUAGAUGAGAAUGUUCCAAAGCUCCUUCAGCCCAUAAAUACAACAAAAUCUCCUGUUCCAACAUGUGCUACUGAGAAUACAGAUAAAAACAGUGUUAGAACAGCUGCGGUAAAAGGAUUAGAAGAAUUAGACGUAUUAAGUCAGUCGUUGCUUAAAAAAAGUUUACCAGCCAAUGCCCCAACUAAGUCUGAAUUUCCAAGUGCUCCCCACAAAAUUCCAAUGAAUCUGCUACCUAAACAACCACAAGUACAAACACCAAGCUCACCGUCCCUAUUACGUGUACAUCAUCCCCAAGACUCAAGUUCUAAACUGGAAACAGAAAAUCGAGUUCCAUCAGUUUCUCCAUCUAAAGUUUCCGUGCAAGACGUCUUGUCGCUUGCAGAUAUCACAGUACCUUUACAAAGUAUACAACCAGGAGAAACACCGUCACUAACUCUUCAAGAGAAAAAUGGCCUAACUGUUAUUGUACAUUUUGGUAAAGAUUCUCCGAGAGCAGAUGUCACUGUGAUGGUUGUAUCAACUAUGAGUAGAAAUUCUUGUCCUGUUAAAAGCUUCAACUUUCAGGCUGCAGUACCAAAAACGAUGAGGAUCAAGCUGCAACCUCCUUCUGCCACAGAUUUGCCACCUUACAACCCUAUUCUACCCCCAGCAGCCAUCACUCAAGUAAUGCUGCUGGCAAACCCAAAUAAAGUAAGUUAA